CAAAAAUAGUUAUUUGAAUUUUAAACGUGUCAGUACUAUUUUUUUCUCUUAAAACAAAAAUGACUGGUUCUCAAACAGAGAUUGAGUAUAGAGAGCAUAAAACAGAAGAAUCCUCUGUAGAGUUAUCACAAAAUGAGAACGAGCAAUCUUCGUCUUAUCAAUCUGAAAUAGAUAUAUCCUAUAAAGAUGAGGGCGAAGAAGAUACUUUUAUUACCGAAAAAUUUAUUAAGGAACAUAAAAGAAAUUUAGAAAAGAGAGUCAACAAUUUAAAAAGAACUAUUGAAAUUUUACGAAAACAAUUAAAUGAAGAAAAAGCGUUAUGGAAGGAGGAAUUUGAGGAGUACAACAAAUUGCAAGCAAACGUAGAGGAUACGUCUACAGGAAAUUUAACAGAAAGUUCUACGGAUAAUAGUUAUCUAGGUAAUGGAGACCAUCAACAAAAAUUUCCCCUUCAACAGGAUUCAUCAUCAUUUAUUCAAAAGCAAGCUGAGCAAAAAGCAAUUCUUUGGCGAACAAUUGCAAUGGCUGAAUAUCAACGGCGUUUGCUAGAAGUCGAAAGUAUGUGUAAUUUAGAACUUAUCCGAGUGAAACAAAGUGUUCAGUCUCUUCAACCUCUACAAAGACUGGUCUCUGAAUGGAGCGAUCAAACUACCGAAAACAGCAAUAAAUCAGAAGAAAUUGCUAGUACUAAGUCAACAGUUACCAUUGGUACCGAAAAUGAUGACAUUUCGGAUAAUACAAAAGAAAGUAAAUCCGAUGAAGAAAUUAAAAUGGAUAAAGAGGCUGUGUUACCCAUUUCACCAAGAAGUAAAAUUUACAAUGAUUUUUCAGAAGUAUGCGCCAAAAUGCAAAAUUUUAUGGUAAAUUUACCAAUAACGGCUAGCGUUUUAGCAAGUAAAGAUCCCAAUUCUGCUAAAACCCAGUCGGCAGUUUGGUAUUCGGCAUAUUCUUUUCAUUAAGUACAUAUUAUGCAAGAUAUAUUAAAUUUAUAUUUGUAAUUAAAAA